AUGGCAACCAAUGCUCUCUUCUCCCUCGAGGGCCAGACAGCCCUCAUCACGGGCGGCACACGAGGCAUUGGCCAGGCCAUCGCCAUCGCACUAGCCGAGGCAGGCGCAGACAUUCUCCUGGUCCAAAGAGACCUCAGCAACCAGUCCACCCUCCAGUCCAUCGAAGCCCUAGGCCGCAAGGCCCAGAUCUACACCGCAGACCUGUCCUCACCGACCGACGUGGCCGGGCUGGUGCCGCGCGUGCUGGCCGACGGGCACCAGGUGCGGAUCCUGGUCAACUGCGCGGGGAUCCAGCGGCGGCACCCGUCGGAGCGGUUCCCGGACGGCGACUUCGCCGAGGUCCUGCAGGUGAACCUGAACACGCCCUUCGCCCUGUGCCGCGACGUCGCCGCGCACAUGCUCGAGCUGCCCGAGCACAGCACCACGGGCCGCAGGGGCUCCAUCGUCAACUUCGGCUCGCUGCUCAGCUUCCAGGGCGGCAUCACCGUGCCCGCGUACGCGGCGAGCAAGGGCGGCGUCGCGCAGAUGACCAAGACGUUCGCGAACGAGUGGACCAGCAGGGGGAUCACUGUCAACUGCAUCGCGCCGGGCUACAUCGCCACCGACAUGAACGAGGCGCUGCUGAACGACCCCGGCAGGCUGAAGAGCAUCAGCGAGAGGAUACCGGCUGGCCGGUGGGGCACGCCUGAGGACUUCAAGGGCCCGACGGUGUUCCUGGCGAGCAAGGCUGGUGCAUAUAUGAGUGGGCAUACUUUGACUGUUGACGGUGGGUGGAUGGGCAGGUAA